AUGGAUAUUCAUCGAACUUACCAAACUGAAGCUCAUCGUAAUGUUGUCGCUCGAUUUAAUGAACGUUUCAUAUUAUCACUUAAUCAAUGUUCAAGUUUCCUACCUGUUGACAUGGAAUUCAAUGUAAUACCUAUUAAUUCAUGUUUACAACUUGAAGAACCUUCAGAUUAUAAGGAUGUUCCAUCAAUUGAUCUUCAAAAACUGAAUGAAUUGAAGGUCUCCCUUAAAUCGCAACAACCACUGGGGACACUUGUUGAUUGUUGUAAAACUUUGGAUCAAGCGAAUGCUGUUAUAACUUUCAUCGAAUCUUUAUCCGAAAAAACAUUGAGAACAACAAUUUCAUUGACUGCUGCUCGAGGAAGAGGUAAAUCGGCUGCCUUGGGAUUAGCAAUCGCUGGAGCGAUCGCCUUCAACUAUUGUAAUAUUUUUGUCACCUCACCUUCACCAGAAAAUUUGAAAACUCUUUUCGAUUUUGUUAUCAAAGGACUAACUGCAAUUCAUCUUCAACGAAAUCUUGAUUACGAUGUAAUCAACUCAACGGAUCCAGCAUUCAACAAGGCAGUGGUUCGGAUUAAUGUUUUGAGACAAUUUAAACAAACGAUUCAAUACAUUUCUCCGAAAGAAGUUUGUAAGGAUAGUUUAUAUGUUCAUAUGUUUAGAUAUAUAUUGAUCGAUGAUCGUAAUAUAUUAUAUCAUUUGGAUUCAUCUCGCAGUUGA